AUGUACCGAACAACCUACGCCGUGCUCGCGCUCGCUCUGGCCGCCUUCAGCCACCCCGUCGCCGCCAUCCCCCUCUUGGCCCGGGACCCCCAGCAAUCCAACCCCAACGGCCCUACAACUCCCGGCAUCAACAUCCCCGGCAUAAACGGCGGCCCAGGUUUCCAGCUCGGUCCGGGAGGCCUCAACUAUGGAACUCCGGGCGGCGGAAGCGGCGGCGUCAGCUUGGGCCCUGGUGGUCUGCAAAUCACCCCCGGCAACGGCCAGCCUCCAAUCUCUAUCGGGACCGGCAACCCCAGCCAGCAGCCGGGUCAGCCCGCUCCCAAGCCGCCCCGCCGCGUCCUCGACGACCAGGACCUAGGUGGUGAUGAUGACUAG